GGUCACAUGACUGCCGGCGCGGGGUCACGGGGCGCGAGAGCAAACCGCGGUCCCGAGAGCGAGCCCUGGGCUGCGACGCUUCCCUGGCUGGUGGGAGCGCGACGGGCCAUGGCCAACGUGUCCAAGAAGGUGUCGUGGUCCGGCCGCGACCUGGACGACGAUGAGGCGGCGCCGCUGCUGCGGAGGACGGCGCGGCCCGGGACGCCGGCCGGCGAAGACACGCCGCUGCUGAACGGGGCCGGGCCGGCCGCGCACCAGUCGUCCCACUCAUCAUUCUUCCGGAUCGGACAGAUGAGCAGCGUGGAGCUGGAUGAUGAGCUUCUGGACUCGGAGGCGGAUCCCCCCCACCCUUUCCCCAGGGAGGUCCCACACAGCGAGAAGCUGCUGUCCCUCAAGUACGAGAGCUUGGACUAUGACAGCAGCGAGAACCAGCUGUUCCUGGACGAGGAGAGGCGGAUCAACCACGCGGCCUUCCGGACCGUGGAGAUCAAGCGCUGGGUCAUCUGCGCCAUGAUCGGGAUUCUCACGGGCCUCGUGGCCUGCUUCAUCGACAUCGUGGUGGAGAACUUGGCCGGCCUGAAAUACAAGGUCAUCAAGGACAAUAUCGACAGGUUCACGGAGACGGGCGGCCUGUCCUCCUCCCUCCUGCUGUGGGCCGCGCUCAACUCCUCAUUCGUGCUCGUCGGCUCUGUGAUCGUCGCCUUCGUAGAGCCGGUGGCUGCUGGCAGCGGGAUCCCCCAGAUCAAGUGCUUCCUCAACGGGGUGAAGAUUCCUCACGUGGUUCGGCUCAAGACGCUGGUGAUCAAGGUGGCUGGAGUGAUCCUGUCCGUGGUGGGCGGCCUGGCCGUGGGGAAGGAGGGGCCGAUGAUUCACUCAGGCUCCGUGAUUGCUGCUGGGAUUUCCCAGGGCAGGUCGACGUCCCUGAAGCGGGAUUUCAAGAUCUUUGAGUACUUCCGCAGAGACACCGAGAAGCGGGACUUUGUCUCAGCAGGAGCUGCCGCCGGCGUGUCUGCUGCGUUCGGAGCCCCAGUGGGUGGGGUUCUGUUCAGCUUGGAGGAGGGUGCCUCCUUCUGGAACCAGUUCCUGACGUGGAGAAUUUUCUUCGCUUCCAUGAUCUCCACCUUCACCCUGAACUUCGUGCUUAGCAUUUACCAUGGGAACGUCUGGGAUCUGUCCAGCCCAGGCCUCAUUAACUUCGGGAGAUUUGACACAGAGACGAUGGUGUACACGAUCCACGAGAUCCCCAUCUUCAUCGCCAUGGGCGUGGUGGGUGGUGUUCUUGGGGCUGUGUUCAAUGCCUUGAAUUACUGGCUGACAAUGUUUCGGAUCAGGUACAUCCACAGACCAUGCCUCCAGGUGAUUGAGGCCAUGCUGGUGGCUGCCGUCACGGCCACGGUCGCCUUCGUGCUGAUUUACUCAUCCCGGGACUGCCAGCCCCUGCAGGGCAGCUCUGUGUCCUACCCCCUCCAGCUCUUCUGUGCGGACGGCGAGUACAACUCCAUGGCCGCAGCCUUCUUCAACACCCCAGAGAAGAGCGUGGUCGGCCUUUUCCACGACCCCCCAGGCUCCUACAACCCCAUGACCCUCGGCCUCUUCACGCUCGUCUACUUCCUCCUGGCCUGCUGGACCUACGGGCUCACCGUGUCUGCUGGCGUCUUCAUCCCGUCCCUGCUCAUCGGGGCCGCCUGGGGCCGGCUCUUCGGCAUAUCCCUGUCCUCCCUCACGGGGGCCGCAGUCUGGGCGGACCCCGGCAAGUACGCCCUGAUGGGAGCCGCUGCCCAGCUGGGCGGCAUCGUGAGGAUGACGCUGAGCCUGACGGUUAUCAUGAUGGAGGCCACCAGCAACGUGACCUAUGGCUUCCCCAUCAUGCUGGUCCUCAUGACUGCCAAGAUCGUGGGGGACGUCUUCAUCGAGGGCCUGUACGACGUGCACAUCCAGCUGCAGAGCGUGCCCUUCCUGCACUGGGAGGCCCCUGUCACCUCCCACUCGCUCACCGCCAGGGAGGUGAUGAGCACGCCGGUGACCUGCCUGCGGAGGCGGGAGAAGGUGGGCGUUGUUGUGGAUGUGCUCAGCUGCACGGCGUCCAAUCACAACGGCUUCCCCGUGGUGGAGUGCGCCCAUGACAGCCAGCCAGCCAGGCUCCGGGGCCUGAUCCUGCGUUCGCAGCUGAUCGUCCUGCUGAAGCAUAAGGUGUUCGUGGAGCGGUCCAACACGGGCCUGGUGCGGCGGCGGCUGAGGCUGAAGGACUUCCGUGACGCCUACCCGCGCUUCCCGCCCAUCCAGUCCAUCCACGUGUCCCAGGAUGAGCGCGGGUGCACCAUGGACCUCUCCGAGUUCAUGAACCCCUGCCCCUACACGGUGCCCCAGGAGGCGUCACUGCCGCGGGUGUUCAAGCUGUUCCGGGCCCUGGGCCUCAGGCACCUGGUGGUAGUGGACAACUGCAAUCAGGUGGUUGGGCUGGUGACCAGGAAGGACCUGGCCAGGUACCGGCUUGGGAAGGGGGGCCUGGAGGAGCUGGCGCUGGCCCAGACGUGAGGCCCUGGGUCCCUGCCUCGUGCCCAGGCGGUGGUGGAUCCGGCACCCUCCAGAGCUCAGGACUCACGUGCGUGUUUGUGUGUGUGCGUGUGUGUGUGUGUCUGUGUGCCCGCGUGUGUGUGUAAGAUGGCGAGUGAGCUGGGUCCCUGGGUCCAGGGCUACAGGCCCCCAGGACGGGCCCCGCCGUGGCUCUGUGCUCCGUCACCCGGGCCAGCUCAGAGGGAUCACGCUGCCUGUGCCUGCCAGCCGGAGCCUGGGUGACGUGAGGCUGCAAUGGGGCCCCGGGCCUUGUGCCCCUCGGCUUGGCCUGCCGCAGCGAUAACAGCUGGACACUUGGGGCGACACCCCGGAGGACAGGCUCCAGCGGCUCCGCCCAGACUCACCCCGGGCACCCCCGGGCCACCCCCUCGUACAGCAGGCUCUGUGCUGGGGUCCCAGCCAGAAGAGAGCUGAGACUGGCCUCUGCACCCCGACCCUGAGCUGGAGUCCACAUGAGCGGUUGUCUCUGCCCCUGUGUGAGCAGCAGCUGGGCGGGAGGGUCUCAGCACACCCUCCCCAAUCCCAGAGGAUGUGGGCCAUGUUCCAGAGCCGCUCGUUCCAGUCUCGGGACAGGCGGGCUCUGGGGUGAGUCGGUGUGCCCGCAGGAAGUGUGCUACGCCUUUCCGUGCCAGGCCAGGCAGGGCAGGUCUGUUGUCCUGUGCGCCCCGGCCCUGUGGGGCUGUCCUGGGGUGAUUCCCGCGUGCCCAGCCCACUUCUAGGCAACAAAGACACCGCGGUUUUGGCCCCUUUUGUGGGGGUGGGGGAUUGAAACUCGCGAAAUAAAGGAAUCGGACCCGGGUGGCCGGGGCCAGCCUCCUUGUCCCUGGCAGCACUGACCGCAGUCCAGCAGCAGGACCUGUGGGGCCAUGGGGCAGGGGUGUCCCCGGACUGGGCCUCCGUGGUGUCUGGCACGAGUGUGGCCACAGGCAGGCGUGCCCCAUGGGGAAGCCCCCUGGGUGAGGGGCUGACUGAAGCCCAGGGAAGCCUUGGUCCGCCCCCGGUGGGAGGGCCUGGGUGACCUCAGGGAGAGCACGGGGCCCCUGGCGGAGUGAGGGCCGAGGGGCCACGGUGGUCUGAGGUGGGACGUGAGACACCGCCUUAGGCGCCGGACACUCGGCGUGGAGAAGGCGUGCGCAGCAUCUUGCUACCGUUUUGAGACAAUUACUUGUCGAAAUGGCAAUAUUUAGAUAACGUUGGGUUAAAUAAAGUGGACUGAGACCCA